AUGCUACCCCUUAAUGCGAAGCUGAGAAGACUGUGCAUCCUCAUCAUUGAGAGCUCCUUCUGGAAGCUGCUGAUCAUCAUGUGCGUGUUCGCAAGCUCCUUCUUGCUGACCCUCACAGACCCCUUGAGCACCCCACAACUGCAGCCUGUCUCGCCGUUCCGAGACAGGGUUGAAUUGGCGUCAAAAUCUUUCACCAUUCUCUUCUUGUUCGAAGCCGUCCUAGAGAUCAUUGCUCAUGGUCUGAUCUUCGGUAAGAACGCGUACCUGCUCUCCUUCUGGAACAUCCUGGACGCCUUCAUCCUUAGCGUUGGCAUGCUGGAGUUUGUCAGCAGCUCUGGAGCCAACCUGCUUGCUCUGCGUGCACUGAGGGUGCUGAGGCCACUGAGAGCAAUCAAGAGGUUUGUGUGGUUGAAGUCAUGUGUGGAGGUGUUGCUUCAGAGCUUCUCGGAUGUUCUCAACACCUUGUUCAUCGUCUCCUUCAUCUGUCUCGUCGCUUCCAUCGCUGGCGUCCAACUUUUCGCCGGGGUGUUUCGCAAUCGCUGCUACUCUAUAGAGGAUGGCGUGAUCAUGAAUGGCUUUAUAUGUCAAAGCGCUGCUGCUUCUUACAUGCCUUCUCCUGCACAAUGUCCUUCUGGAUAUGGUGAGACAUCAAUUCCCACUCUCGACCUUCCUCACUGA